AUGGCGCCAAGCAAGCCAACUUCGAAGAACGACCCUGCAUCGACCCGGCCGCGGUUGCAAGCCAUUAACCAAGACUUCUCCGACCUGGACGAACAGAUUCGCCAAGCUGCGCAUAUCAUAGGCCUUCCCGAUGACUGGAGUACAAUACAAGACCACGAGGCAAGAUCAGACAUCAUACGAAAACUGGUGCGCGCCAGGGCGGAAUGGGUUCUGCGCUGGAUCCUCGACAAGCUGAAAGACGAGACGGAAACUGGGCGGACAGGGCGGGCAAAUGUGAGCGCAUGGCAGCUUCUAGACUGGAUGAUACAUGUUUUGCCCGUGUCACGAAGCGCACCACAUUUACGAGAUGCUGGCUUCCCUAGCAUACUGGAGAGAACACUCGUGGAGAACUUCGACGUAGACUCCACCCUACAGCCCACAACCACCUCAGAAGAUGUCGAUAUGAAAGACGAUUCCGAAUCGAGCGCGACUAUCCGGGAAGGAACCAAGCCAUCGAAGAAAAGGAAACGCGGCACAGCUGAGACAUCAUCUUCGACAUCGGCGUCACUUGGCCCUAUCAAUCUUAGCCAUCUUUUCCGCGUGGUCAGGGCUGCCGUAGAGUCAAUCGCGCACCUAGCUGGAAGUAACAAAUCCGACGAUACCACACAGGCUGAGCUUAUGAAGAUGGUCUUGAGGACGGAAAGCGCCCAGGCUUCGCGCAUUCUAAGAUUCUGGCUUACUGGUGUCCGGAUAUUGUGCGCAGCUCGCUCUUCCACUUCCGACGAUACCUCUCUGGACGAGCAUCUCAACCUUUCGCUUGCGCUUGAGAUGUGGGACUUGCGCAUUGUUGAGGCUAAAGACGAGACUGGAGCCUCUGCUGAAGAAUUCAACACCGAGUGCCUCGUACCGACUUUGCUACUUUUGGAGCAUCUCAAAACGCUGCGUAGCAGAGACACGACGCAAUUCUCUUGGGGUACCUUGGAUCGCGCAAUUGCAUCGCUCGACAAACUGUUGGCGAGACAUUUGCUUGCGCCUUCAAGAGCUGCCUUCUUUACUGAUGCUGACACCGUCAUAAGCUCUGCCAGUACUGGUACAAACUCUACCAGUACUGGACCGAAGACACGGGAUGCGACGGUUCUUGCAGGCAAUCUCGAGCCGCUCCGUGCAAAGCUUCUCCAAGCUGCACAAAUUGAGGAUGGCGGAGAUGCCCUACCCACGGAACUCGCGUCUCUGUUCAACACAGUCCCUGAUGUGCUAGAUCUAGCCAUUCGCGCAUCCCCAUCACGAACGCCCAAGAGCAGGUCUAUGGAAAAGCCCUGGCUACAGGCUGUCUUCUCCGCUCUUGCUGAAUGUGCUGGAUGCUCACUGGCCACUCCACCCGAGUUCGUCACACGUGCAACCGCUGUCACUGCCCUUAGUGGUGCUAUUCGUGUUUUGCAGGUGCACGAAGUGAGCCUUUCCUCGGAUCUUAUCAAGAACAUCUUCUGGUAUCACUGCGGUGUGAAAUACCCGGAACGCCAGGAGAAGCAGGUCCAUUGGUCGCUGAUCGCGUCUUUGAUCGAGCUUGAUGCAUCAGUGUUUGUUGUGGAAGCCAAGUCAGGAGCCAGAGCUUCGCAAGAGCAGACCGACCUUGCUGAGUUUGUCUUUGAGAGAAUAUCCGCUUCAGAGUUGGAGGGCUCAGGCUUUUCUGAUGACAGAAGUGACGCCCAGUUAGGAAGAUCUGCGAUUCUGAAGCGGAUCAUCAACCCGUUGAUGUUGGCCUUUGUACGGAACCGGAAUCUGUUAGGCUUCGUUCGAAGAUGGGACGAUCAACUCGUCAAGAGCUUUAGGCACGGCAAGCGCAAGUCUCUCAAAGAGCGACAGGACAUCGUCUGGGAAGAUCGCGCUUUGUGGAAUACUCUGGCUGAAUCUUUUGAGCCAUCCCUGACCCAAGGCCAGAUAACCACAUUGAUCCAGGAGCAUGCGGAGCGCUUAUCCCAGCUUGGUAGUGCAAUCGAGACUGCUGCCAAAGAGAACAUUAAGGUCAAGAAACUCGCGGCGUACAAGAACGCCGUGAGCAGCGCCAUUCUACUUCCGGCUUUUCUUCAGUCGAUCAAUUCGGAGAACACCAUUGCGACACUAAAAUCUGACCUUCAUGCGCUGUUCCUCACCUACGCUUCAUGGGUUCAAGACGGUCACUACAGCUUAUACACCCAGUCCCAUCUAUCUUGGUUAACGUUGUGCCAACUAUUAGCGAAACUGUGGCCGAUCGAAUUACACGCCUCUUCACAGUUACAACAAGAGCUGCUAUACCCGCUGCUAGAACAAGCUAUGGAAGUCAUGUCGACAACAUCUAAUGACGCUGGACGAGGUGCAGAUCCAUCAAUACGAGCAGCUGCAAUACUAUUCUGGCUCAACACAUCUGAUCGCCUACAGACCUUGCCUGGUUCUAAGAUUGUCAUUCGCAGUGGCUUAGCCAGGGUCAUGGACUGCUUCUCUUCCAGUCAGCUAGACACCGAUGGACAGCGGUCAAUGAUCGAAAUCUUCUGUGCCUACUCUGUCAACCUCCUGGAGCACAUGGAAAUCGACGUGUGUCGCCAGUCGCUAUAUGCCAUGCUAUCGAAACUUCUACAAUUUGACGGCGUCACUAGCGAUCUUGUCUGUCGGUCACUCUCUCAAUCCAUCAUCGAGGAGGGGAACUCUAUUAUACAAAACGCAUACUGCGUAGCCCUGCUGGAAGCACUUGGACAAGGAGCUGGAAAGAAGUUGCACGCCGUGGCCGGUGAAGCAAUACUUCAUAUUCAUCCUGCGGCUUUGUCGCGUGAGCAAAGACAAGCGAUCCUUGACCGCACAGCCCAACUUUUGGACCAUGGACAGACCGAUACGGUGGUACUGCUAAGCGUCAUGGCACAUCUUCAACAAGUCCCCAAUGCAACGGCAAAGGUAUCCACUGACGCGGCUGUCAUCUUCAACAUCGCAGAGCAGCUGCACAAUCAACAGCUUGAAACAGACUCAACAUUGCAACUACUGCGGGAACUUGUCCAAAGGACACUUGGGCAUAUUAUCCCAAACCAGUCUCAAGCACAGAACAAAGAGUUCUUCAUCGACUACGCUGGGAAGCUCUUAUCUAUCGCCAAAGCCACAGAUCAAUGCUCGCUCGCUAGGCUCUCAAUCCUCCGAGCGACAUCAGUCGCCCAGAAGGAGAACUCCUUGCUUCACGUCGAACGUUACGUUGGUCUUCUAAAACAAUGCCUUGGUAGUGAGGAUAUCGCAUUGCUCCAAGGCUCGUUAGAUGCUUUCAACGAGCUGUCUAUAGACGCAUUGAAAGAAGUCAAACAGUUCAGCCGUGUCCAAGCAUGGCUUCGUACAUGGGUAAAGGAUGCUAUCGAUCUUCAGGAGUAUAUUGAUGCAUCGGUUCGCAUCCCGAGCGAAGUUGUUGACUACGUCGCACGAGUAUACAAGUUGGUCGCCAAAUAUGAGCUCUUCCCGGACGCAAAGUGGUUGAUCUCCCUGGCACUCACUGUCCUCAGAGGAAGCCCGAUCCCUGUACAAGAUGCUGUGUACACAACACUAACGGCCACACUUGGACCGCUUGCAUUCUACGAGAAGUUGGACUUGGUUACAACGUUGACUGUCGACCAAAAGCCGCCGAACUUGGCCGCGUCAUACCGUGUUCUCGGUGAUCUCAUCGAAACCAUGGACGACCAGCUAGAGUCUAACGCCGAGUUGAAACAGAGGCAACUCGCACUACUGCCUAGGAUAUGUGUCUUGCUCGCGGAGAGCCCCGACUUCGAGUCAUUCAACGCUUUGCUCAAUUGCAUUGACACAAUCCUGAACGACAAACCUUCGUUUGCGUCACAACACAGCAUUGAGUGCGUGUACAGCGUGCUUGUUAAACUUACAUCACGAAGCAGUCCCGCUCUGUCGUCCCAGUACGCUCCUGAGAUCUUUUCAAGGCUCUGCCAGACUAGUCGCCUAACCCUGCUUGUACAUCGGGGUCGCCUAGGCGGACGUUUUCACCUCCUCUUACCACUUCUGCAAGGCCUGCUGUUCUGCCUCUUCAUUCCGAAUGCUAGUCGCAGCGGCGCUCUGCCGUCGUGGCUACGCACCAUCACAGCUACGGAGCCCGUGCGUCUCACAUCUACAAACGCAGCGCAGUUUACGCGUCUUCUUUCUACCCUCUGCAAUCCACCUCAAUCGUCAAUCACGAAGUCGCAUCAGCAUCAUCAAUCGCGCAAGUCCAAAGACCUCAAUGACCCAAUCAAAGCAGCUCGUGAUAGGGCGAGCAACUUCCUUUACCCGCUCCUCGCAUCUUUCUGCCGCUACCAGCUCAACGGAAGGCUGGAUCAGGGGGUGAGGGAGAAGUUGAUGCCGGGCAUCUGGGAGGUCGUCGGUACGGCUAGCUUGCAUAGGGAGGGACUAGACGCCAUGUUUGCUGGCCUGGGUAGGAGUGAGAGAGACAUCUGGAAGGGUCUUUGGGAGCAGUGGGAGGGUGUACAUGGGAGAAGGCAGGUGGUUGGGCACGGGGAGUAG